GGUCACUGUGGAUUACUCUCCCACACGCACAACCUCCAGCCAAGUUCAACAACCCACCUUUCUUCUCGACCCAGCAGAGUUUUCAAACCACAUGGUUUUAACUUGAAGGGAGAGCAAGAGAAUUUGGAUAUUGAUAUAGUGGCUUUACUUAUCUAGCUAGCAAUAAAUUAUGGAGGCCAAGUUAGCAUAUAAUACUGCUGACUGAUAGAGAAAUGGUAGGCUGCGCUAGGUGUUGCGUGCACACUUCAAUGAGAGCAGUGAACUUAUUUGUCAAUCUUUGUGGUGUUGGAGUGAUUAUCUACUCUCUUUGGCUCAUCAAGAAAUGGCAGGUUGGAGUUUCUGAGCUGCCUUCUGUUUCAUAUAUACCUAAGCCAUGGUUUAUAUAUGCAUGUUUAGGUGUGGGAAUGGCUGUCUGCUUAAGCACACUUUGCGGUCAUAUCGUUGCUCACCGUAGCAGCAGUUCUGUUCUCUUCAUAUACAUUAUCUCCAUCUUCUCCCUUCUCUGCCUUGAAGUUUCCGUGAUUGUCGCAAUUUUCUAUAAGAUGAAUUGGGAAAUGCAACUUGCAAAGUUCAUUGAUAAGAACCACAUCAAGUUCAAGGACUUCUUGAUAUUUCAUGUCAACAUGUGCCGCCUGAUUGUAAUUCUCAUUUUGGUGCCACAGUGGCCAUUUCUGCAGAUCAAAGUUAUUGUUCUAGCAGCUAUUCUCUGGGUUAUUGGGGCUGAGCCAAGAGCACACUGCAACGAUUCCGAAAUACCCAACUUCAGAUAUUCUUUUCUGGCAGCACCUACCCAAUCUCUACUUGAUGUAUCAAGACACGGUUUCAUAAAUUAUGAAGCUUCCCCAAGAGAGAGCUUUUUGUCAUAUGUUAACAGAUUUUUCAGAAUGCAAUUUCAUAGAAGAGUCAGUCUUAGUUAGAAGUCAGAACAUGUGUACAGAAUUUUAGGUUGGGUUCCCCUGCCUUUCUGUAUUGAGUUGAAUGGGGAAAUUUGUGAGGCUAAAAGAAAGCAACUUGCAAGCAGUACCAAAGAGAGAAAAAAUGAUGUCCAGCAGGGUUACCACAGUGAUUGUGGCCCUCCCACUUCACCCUGCUUGGCACCCAGGAUCGAAACUGCAGGGUUUCUUUCCUCUAAAUGUAACCACACACAAAAAAAAAAAAGAAAAAAAAAGACCAAUAUUUGUAAUUGUAAAAAUACUAAUUCUCCCCUAUAUUUACUUCAAAAGCAUAUAUAAAUGACCUUGUAUGCCC